AGCGGCUAUUUGAGACGGGGACAGGGCCACAUGCUGCUGCGCAUCAGGACCAUGCAGACCACCCCCAGACUGCUCAGCGGGGUGCUUCUCUGCGCGCUACUGUUGCUCUCCAGUGCCGCUAGAGCCGAAGUGUUGGACACCGAGUCCCAAGAGAUGCUGAGCCCCAGAGCCCUGCGGGACUUCUAUCCUAAAGAUCCGAACCUGACCAGUGAGAAGCAGCUGCUCGGAGCUCUCCAAGAAGUUCUCGAAAAGCUGCAGGCUAAACGACUGCCUUUAUGGGAAAAGAAAUUUGGCCAAGUCCCAACGUGUGAUAUCGGGGAGCAGUGCGCCGUGAGGAAAGGCGCUCGGAUCGGCAAGAUGUGCGACUGUCCCCGGGGAGCUUUCUGCAAUUUUUUUCUGCUGAAGUGCUUAUGAGCCUGGCCGGAUCUAAAUAUAUCACUGAGCUGGAGAGAAAAAAAACUGUCACUCGAUUUCUAUGUAAUUACUGUUAUACUGUGUAUAAUGAUAACGAAUGAGCAGACGAUAAUACGAUAAUAAUCUUGUAAAGAACCAUAAAGUUCCUGUAAAUAUUCAAAACCACUUUAAGUAGGAACCCCCUAGGAUCAUUGUUGUGAUAGCAGCCGAGAUCUAACCCACAAUGCACAAUAAACUCCUCCAGGACCACAUACACACCGUGAAGUCUUCACCGCAAUAUUGCGGGAAUACAGUGAUUCUUUGUCUGGGCAAGUCCAAAAUAUCUCUUUUGAACUUCUAUUAUUUUGUUUCAGAUGAAUGUUUGUCUAUGAAAC